CUAGGAGUGGAGGCAAUCCUCCUUUCUUUCAGCUGGAGUGCUCCUACGAGCCAGUCUCACCCUCAGAAAAGAUGUUUUCCAUGAGAAUCUUCUGCCUGGUCCUGAGUGUGGUGGGCACAAUUGGGACCGAGGAAGGUGAAUUUCUACAUGAAGGAGGAGGUGUGCGUGGCCCACGAGUUGUGGAAAGACAGCAAUCUGCCUGCAAAGAGACGGACUGGCCCUUCUGCUCUGAUGAAGACUGGAACUAUAAAUGCCCUUCUGGCUGCAGGAUGAAAGGGUUGAUUGAUGAAGUCAAUCAAGAUUUUACAAACAGAAUAAAUAAGCUCAAAAAUUCACUAUUUGAUUAUCAGAAGCACCAUAAGGACUCCAAUUCAUUGAUCAGGAAUAUAAUGGAAGUUUUGAGAGGGGAUUUUGCUGAUGCUGGCAACAGAGAUAAUACAUUUAACCAAGUGUCAAAAGAUUUGCGAAGCAAAAUUGAGAUCCUGAAGCGCAAAGUCAUAGAACAAGUACAGCAUAUCAACCUUCUGCAGAAAAAUGUCAAGGCUCAGCUGAUAGAUAUGAAACAACUGGAGGUGGACAUUGAUAUUAAGAUCCGCUCUUGCCGAGGGUCAUGCAGUAGGGCUUUAACACGUCAGAUAGAUCUAAAGGACUAUGAAGAUCAGCAGAAGCAACUUGAACAGGUCAUUGCCAGAGACUUACUUCCCUCUAAAGAUAGGCAAUACUUACCACGGCUAAAAGUGAGCCUGCUUUCAGACUUGCUUCCUGCAGAUUUCAAGAGUCAGCUACAGACGGCCCCUCCAGAAUGGACCGCACUAACGGAAAUUCAGCAGAUGAAAAUGGAGUUAGAGACAGCUGGUAGAGUUGGGAAGCCCCAAGUAGACCCUGUACCUCAUGGGACAGGAUCAGUGCCUGAAAGCCCCAGGCACCCUGGAUCUGGCAGUGCCAGCACUUGGACCUCUGGGAGCUAUGGACCUGGUAGUGCAAGCACUUGGAACCCUGGGAGCUCUCAACCUGGUAGCAGUGGCCCUUGGACCUCUGGGAGCUCUGGACUUGGUAGUGCUAGCACUUGGAACCCCGGGAGCUCUGAACCUGGUAGCGAUGGCCCUCGGAAGCCUGGGAGCUCUGGAACUCUAAGUGCCAGCAUUUGGACCUCUGGGAGCUCUGGACUUGGUAGUGCUAGCACUUGGAACCCUGGGAGCUCUGAACCUGGUAGCGAUGGCCCUCAGAAGCCUGGGAGCUCUGGAACUCUAAGUGCCAGCAUUUGGACCUCUGGGAGCUCUGGACCUGGUAGUGCUAGCACUCGGCACCCUGGGAGCUCUGAACCUGGUAGCGAUGGCCCUCGGAAGCCUGGGAGCUCUGGAACUCUAAGUGCCAGCAUUUGGACCUCUGGGAGCUCUGGACCUGGUAGUGCUAGCACUCGGCACCCUGGGAGCUCUGAACCUGGUAGCGAUGGCCUUCAGAAGGCUGGAAGCUCUGGAACUGGAAGUUCUAGCAAGUGGAUCGCUGGGAGCUCUGGAACUGGAAGUGGUAGCAUUUGGAGCUCUGGAAGUUCUCAGCCUACACGUGUUAGGCCAGAUAGCUCAGGGCAUGGGAACACCAGGCCUAUCAACCCAGACUGGGGUACAUUUGAAGAGGUGUCAGGAAGUGUAAGUCCAGGUACAAAGAAAGAGUACCACACAAGUAAAUUGGUCACUUCUAAAGGAGAUAAAGAGCUUCUGAUUGGUGGUGAGAAGGUCACCUCUGGCAGUACAACCACCACUCGCCGUUCAUGCUCUAAAACAGUUACUAAGACUGUUAUAGGUCCUGAUGGUCACAAAGAAGUUACCAAAGAAGUAGUAAACUCAGAAGAUGGUUCUGACUGUGGUGAUGCAGUCGAGUUAGACUUGUUCCGUACUUUCCCUGGCGAGGGUAGCCUAGAUGGUUUAUUUCAUAGGCACCCUGAUGAAGCUGCUUUCUUUGACUCCUUUAGCAGUAAGACCCAGUCUAUGGGUUUAGGAUCUGACGGCUUCACGGACUCUCAUCACUUUGGUGUACCUGAGUAUCCUUCAAGUGGUAAAACUUCAAGUCACAGCAAACAAUUUGUGACCAGUAGCACAACGUUCAACAGAGGAGGCUCUGCAAGUAAGAGCUUUAAAAUGGCAGAUGAGGCGGGAAGCGAAGCAGGUCCUGAAGACCCCAGAGGAGCACAUGCCACCAAGGGAAGCCAUGUUAAAGUUCGCUCUGCAAGAGACUGUGAUGAUGUCCUCCAAACACAUCCUUCAGGUGCCCAAAGUGGCAUUUUCAAUAUCAAGCUACCGGGAUCCAGUAAGAUUUUUUCUGUUUAUUGCGAUCAAGAGACCGGUUUGGGAGGAUGGCUUUUGAUCCAGCAAAGAAUGGAUGGAUCACUGAAUUUUAACCGGACCUGGCAAGACUACAAGAGAGGUUUCGGCAGCCUGAAUGACAAGGGGGAAGGAGAAUUCUGGCUAGGCAAUGAAUACCUCCAUUUACUAACCCUGAGGGACUCUGUCCUUCGGGUUGAAUUAGAGGACUGGGCUGGGAACCGGACUUAUGCAGAAUAUCACUUCCGGGUAGGCUCUGAGGCCGAAGGCUACGCCCUGCAAGUCUCCUCCUAUGAGGGCACGGCGGGCGAUGCUCUGAUUGAGGGUUCUGUAGAGGAAGGCACAGAGUACACUUCUCAUGCCGGCAUGGAGUUCAGCACCUUUGACAGGGAUGCAGACAAGUGGGAAGAGAACUGUGCGGAAGUCUACGGAGGAGGCUGGUGGUACAACAACUGCCAAGCGGCCAACCUCAAUGGCAUCUACUACCGUGGGGGCUCCUAUGACCCGAGGAACAACAGUCCUUAUGAGAUUGAGAAUGGAGUGGUCUGGGUCCCCUUCAGGGGUGCCGAUUAUUCCCUCAGAGCUGUUCGCAUGAAAAUCAGGCCCCUGGGGAACGAACAGGCUAAAAGAGGCGAUGUGAGAGCACCGCUUUCUCUGUUUAGUGAAGUGGAGAAAAAAUAAGGAGGAUAAAGGAGUCAAGAUUAUUUAUAACCUACUUAAAAAUUCCCAGGUGCUAUUUUACUAUUCUUUGUACUGUAGCUCAAUGUAACUGAGACAUAUUAGUGCUUUAAAAAAUAAAGUUUUAUGAGUUUUUUAAUCUUUACAAUA